GAACCGUAGAUCCCCUCUCUACUCUUGCUAGGAAGACUUGCCUCUCUCUCUCUCUCUCUCUCUCUCUCCAUAGAAACCCUAACCGUAACUCCGACGUCGAUCACUGCGAUUCGAACUUUAUGGGCCGUGACACCGAAACCUCACUUGCCCCCGGCUUCCGAUUCCACCCCACCGACGAAGAACUCGUCCGUUACUACCUCAAGCGCAAAGUCUCUUCCAAGCCUUUCCGCUUCGACCCUAUCUCCGUCGUCGACAUCUACAAAUCCGAGCCCUGGGAUCUUCCAAGCAAGUCAAAGCUGAAAAGCAGGGAUUUGGAGUGGUAUUUCUUCAGUGCACUGGACAGGAAGUAUGGAAGUAGUUUGAGGACCAAUCGGGCCACAGAGAGGGGUUAUUGGAAGACCACGGGGAAGGACCGGCCGGUCCACCAAAACUCGCGCACCGUGGGGAUGAAGAAGACUCUCGUUUAUCACAGCGGCCGUGCCCCCCAUGGCGCUCGUUCCAAUUGGGUCAUGCACGAGUAUCGCCUCGUCGACGAGGAAUUGGAGAAAGCCGGAAUCGCAAUAGAUACGUUUGUGCUGUGUAGGGUUUUUCAGAAGAGUGGGACGGGGCCAAAGAAUGGUGAGCAGUAUGGGGCGCCGUUUAUUGAGGAGGAAUGGGAUGAUGAUGUGGCGACUUUCAUGCCCGAUGGAGAUGCCGCAGUUGACAAAGUGGUAGUUGGUGAUGGUGCAACUGACCUUGAUCAGGAUCUUGAGAUUAGCAUUCCAUCCGAAAAAACUCCCUGUCCUUUGAACUUUUAUUAUGGGGAGACAAGCAACUAUGAUGACCAUUGUGGGGAUUUCAUUGAAGUUGAUCAAAAGCCUAUCAUAGUUCGUAGUGAAACUUUUGAGCCACGUCAUGACCAGCAGGUGGCUGAUAUGCCAGAGCAAUAUGAGAUGGACAUAAAACCAAUCAAUGAUGACUAUUUUGUUGAAUUAAACAAUAGCAUGAAUCCACUGGAAGUCAAUUACUCCCUCAACAAACCCUACUUGGAUGACAUUGAUAAUCCUCUGUUGGGUGAUGGAUUAUUCCUUGAAUCUAAUGAUCUUUUAGAUCCUGCUGAGUCUGAUCCUGCAGGUUUUGACAUGCUGGAUGAGUACCUGACAUUCCUUAAUUCAGAUGAUGACGUAGUUUUUGAUCCAUCUGAAAUUGUGGGGAGUGAGAAGCUGGUGUCUGAUCAAGCACCCCUCACACAGAAGCAUGAGAAUGGAGGAACUGACCUAGUGUACCCAGGAAGUAUACAUCUGUCAGAGGCACAGGGGAGCAAUGAUGCAUCCUCUUCAACGCAGAAGCCAGAGGCCACUAUAUAUGAGUCAGACAUUAAGAAUCCAUUCAUCAAACGGGCCACUGACACGAUGGACAGCAUCACUGCUCCUCCCGCCUUUGCCCCAGAGUUCCCUGCAAAAGAUGCAGCUCUUCACUUCCAUUCUGCUGCACAAUCUUCCAGCUCCGUUCAUGUCACUGCUGGUAUGAUCAGAAUAAGAAACAUGACUUCAACUGGAAAUGGGACAGACUGGUUGCUUGGCAAGAAUGUUGACAUCAACCUCAUAAUGCCCUACUCGCUCCUGCAAGGUGACAUUAAUUCUGCUUCUUUGGUGGCAAUGACCGACUUACAUGCUGGCAAGACAUCAUCCGUAGUCUUACGGAGCUGGUUCUUCUUGAUGUUGUUUUGGGUCGUGAUUCUUUCUGUGAGCUUCAAAAUUGCAAGCUACAUUUGCAUCAAGUAACGCUGCAAGAUUAUGUUGAGCAUUUUUUUGACCACGCUUUUGAGAAAGAAAGGUUGCGAUAGAGGAGUCUUAACAAUGUAAAAUGUUAUUAGUCGCUUUUGUAUAUGCAUUUUAAUCAGUCACAAAAGCUUGGCGCUAACAGUGCAUACGCUGAAGUAUUGAACCUCUCAA